GCAGAGCAAAUGCCCCUUUUGAUGCUGAAUGGAGCAUUUCCUGGGUGGGUGGAGCUAGUGUCCAUCGUGACGUGAGGCAGCAAAGCGACUUCACUUCCCUGCUUUUAGCCGGAGGCGCUCCUGGAAGCGUCUUUCACCCCGAAGUCAGAAGGAGCUGCAGCAUCCAUGCCUCUCCCUUUGGGGGAAGGUGACCCUGGUCUUCUCCCGCGGCGGGAGGGGGGGCGGAAUCUGUGGAAUUUGGGUGUCACAGACCUCCGUCCCUUGGAAGGUACCGUUUGGAGGCUGCUUCGGAGCAGAUUAAAAAUGGAAAAGGGAGACUCGGCUGGCCAUGAAGCAGGAAAAGGCCCUGAAGCCAACCUGGCUGGGAGCACUGGGGAAUUCUGGGAAAGGACAGAGAAGAAGAUCCAGGAAGAGGACACCAGCAGCUCAGAUGCACAGUGCCAGCGCUUCAGGGAGUUGUGCUACCAGGAGACCAAGGGGCCUCGAGAGGUUUGCAGCCAGCUUCACCAGCUUUGUCGACAGUGGUUGAAGCCAGAGAGAUGCACAAAAGCUCAGAUGCUGGACCUGGUGAUCCUGGAGCAGUUCCUGACUGUCCUGCCCCCGGAGAUGGAGAGAUGGGUGAGAGAAUGCGGAGCGGAGACCAGUUCCCAGGCGGUGUCCCUGGCAGAAGGUUUCCUCUUGAGCCAGGCAGAGGAGAAGCAGCAGGAAGAUCAGCAGACGCAAGGACUGUUGACAGAAGCGGUCCCUGAUUUCCAUGAGGCAGAGACGGACCCAUCGGACACUAGGCAUAUGCCCUUGUCCAGGGAGACCUUGCAUGAGGAGGGCAGUGGUGCCUCCUUGCUGGGGGCUGGCAUGACUCUGCCUCUGCAUUCUCAGCCAUCUCUUCCUUCGGGUGGAGUGGGAGGCGCUUCAGGACGACCAGAUCAGGGCCAGGUGACCUUUGAGGACGUGGCCGUGCAUUUCACAGAGGAGGAGUGGGCUCUGCUGGAUUCUGGCCAAAAGACUCUGCACAGGGAAGUCAUGGAAGAGAAUGGUUGGAUUGUGGCCUCUCUGGCAGGUGACAGUCGGAGGAGGAAGAAGGAGGAAAAUCCUUUUGGAGGAUAUUUGGGAAGUGUAAGAUGGAAGAAGAGGGAAAAACAGAAAAAGAAAACUGAAACAAAAUGGAAGAAGAGGAUUGGACCAUUUGCUUCUCAGCCUGGUGAUGUCCAUGAAAAUGGAAUGCAAAAAACAAUGCAGAAAGAAAGAGAAAGAAGGCUGCAGGAUCUGAGAAGGAAAAGCUUCAGUUCAAGCUUUAAACCUCAGUGGAAAAUGCACACAGAUGAGAAAUCAUAUACAUGCUUGGAGUGCGGAAGGAGUUUCAGACAUAAGGGAAAUCUUACUAGGCAUCAAAGAACCCAUACUGGAGAGAAACCAUAUAAAUGCUUGGAGUGUGGAAGAAGCUUCAGCAGCAAUGCAUACCUUACUGUGCAUCAAAGAACACACACAGGAGAGAAACCAUAUAAAUGCUUGGAGUGUGGAAAGAGUUUCAGUGAAAGUGGAACGCUUACUGUGCAUCAACGAACCCACACAGGAGAGAAACCAUAUAAAUGCUUGGAGUGUGGAAAGAGUUUCAUCCAGAAGGGAGCUCUUACUUUACAUUGUAGAAUCCAUACUGGGGAAAAACCAUAUAAAUGUUUGGAGUGUGGAAAGAGCUUCAGUGAUAAUAGAAUGCUUACUUGGCAUCAAAGAAUCCACACUGGUGUGAAACCAUAUAAAUGUUUGGAGUGUGGAAAAAGCUUCAGUGGCAAUGCAUGCCUUACUGUGCAUCAAAGAACCCACACAGGGGAGAAACCAUAUACAUGUUUGGUGUGUGGAAAGAGCUUCAACCAUAAGGGAGCUCUUAUUGUACAUCAUAGAACCCACACAGGAGAGAAACCGUAUAAAUGCUUGGAGUGUGGAAAGAGCUUCAGUCAAAGUGGAAAGCUUACUAGGCAUCAAAGAAUCCACACAGGAGAGAAACUAUAUAAAUGUUUGGAGUGUGGAAAAAGCUUCAGUGAAAAUGGAAAGCUUACUAUGCAUCAACGAACCCACACAGGGGAGAAACCAUAUAAAUGUCUGGUAUGUGGAAAGAGUUUCAGCGAGAAUGGAACACUUACUAUACAUAAAAGAACCCACACAGGAGAGAAACCGUAUAACUGCUUGGAGUGUGGAAAGAGCUUCAGUGAUAGUGGAAACCUUACUAGGCAUCAAAGAAUCCACACUGGUGUGAAACCAUAUAAAUGUUUGGAGUGUGGAAAAAGCUUUAGCGGCAAUGCAUGCCUUACUGUGCAUCAAAGAACCCACACAGGAGAGAAACCAUAUAAAUGUUUGGAGUUUGGAAAAAGCUUCAGCGGCAAUGCAUGCCUUACUGUGCAUCAAAGAAUCCACACAGGAGAGAAACCAUAUACAUGCUUAGGGUGUGGAAAGAGUUUCAGCGAGAAUGGGAAGCUUACUGUACAUCAAAGAACCCACACAGGAGAGAAACCAUAUAAAUGUCUGGUGUGUGGAAAGAACUUCAGGGAGAAUGGAACACUUACUAGGCAUCAAAGAACCCACACAGGAGAGAAACCGUAUAAAUGCUUGGAAUGUGGAAAGAACUUCAGUUUCAGACGGAAGGGAAAUCUUACUAGGCAUCAAAGAACCCAUACUGGAGAGAAACCAUAUAAAUGCUUGGAGUGUGGAAGAAGCUUCAGCACUAAUGCCCACCUUACUGUGCAUCAAAGAACACACACAGGAGAGAAACCAUAUAAAUGUCUGGUGUGUGGAAAGAGCUUCAGUGAAAGUGGAACACUUACUGUGCAUCAAAGAACACACACAGGAGAGAAACCAUAUAAAUGUCUGGUGUGUGGAAAGAGCUUCAGUGAAAGUGGAACACUUACUGUGCAUCAACGAACCCACACAGGAGAGAAACCAUAUAAAUGCUUGGAGUGUGGAAAGAGCUUUAAUGAGAAUGGAAAGCUUACUGUGCAUCAACGAACUCACACAGGAAUGAAACCAUAUAAAUGCUUGGAGUGUGGCAAGAGUUUCAUCCAUAAGGUAGCUCUUACUUUACAUUGUAGAAUCCAUACUGGGGAAAAACCAUAUAAAUGUUUGGAGUGUGGAAAGAGCUUCAGUGAAAGUGGAAAGCUUACUGUGCAUCAACGAACCCACACAGGAGAGAAACCAUAUAUAUGCUUGGAGUGUGGAAGGAGCUUCAGGGAGAAUGGAAAGCUUACUAGGCAUCAAAGAAUCCAUACAGGAGAGAAACUAUAUAAAUGUAUGGAGUGUGGAAAAAGCUUCAGUCAAAAUGGAACACUUACUAUGCAUCAAAGAACCCACACAGGGGAGAAACCAUAUAAAUGUCUGGUGUGUGGAAAGAGCUUCAGUGUGAAUGGAACACUUGCUAUACAUAAAAGAACCCACACAGGAGAGAAACCGUAUAAAUGCUUGGAGUGUGCAAAGAGCUACAGCAGCAAUGCAUGCCUUACUGUGCAUCAAAGAACCCACACAGAGAAACCAUAUAAAUGCUUGGAGUGUGGAAAGAGCUUCAGCGUGAAUGGGAAGCUUACUGUACAUCAAAGAACACACACUGGAGAGAAACCAUACAAAUGUCUGGUGUGUGGAAAGAGCUUCAGUGAAAGUGGAAAUCUUACUAGGCAUCAAAGAAUCCACACUGGUGUGAAACCAUAUAAAUGUUUGGAGUGUUGAAAAAGCUUCAGCGGCGAUACAUGCCUUACUGUGCAUCUAAGAACCCACACAGGAGAGAAACCACACCAUGCAUAAUUGUGUAGACCUCUAUCAUGCCUCCCCUCAGUCGUCAUUUUUCUAAACGAAAAAGCCUCAGGUGGUGCAGCCUUGCCUCAUAAUAAAGGUGCUCUAGGCCCCUGAUCAUCUUGAUUGCCUUCUUCUGCAAGUUUUCCAGUUCUACAAUGUCCUUCUUAAGAUCUGGUGACCGGAAAUGAACACAGUACUCCAAAUGUGGCUGUACCAUAGUUUUGUAUAAGGGCCUCAUAAUAUUAGCAGUUUUAUUUUCAAUCCCCUUUCUGAUAAUUCCAAGCAUGGAAUUUGCCUUUUUCACAGCUGCUGCACAUUGAACCAAGACUUUCAAUGAGCUGUCCACCACAACCCCAAGAUCCCUCUCCUGACAGCCUGAUCUCAUAAGAGUAUAUGUGAAGUUGGGUUUUUUUGCCCCAGUGUGCACCAUUUUACACUUUAUUUUAUUCAUUCUUUAAUUCAUUCAUUCAUUCAUUCAUUCAUUCAAUUUUUAUACCACCCUUCCAAAAAGGCUCAGGGCACUUGCUAACAUUGAACCGCAUUUGCCAUUUUGUUGCCCACUCCCCCAGUGUGGAGAGCUCCUUUUCACAAUAACUCUUUGCAAUCUCUUUUGGUAUUCACUACCUUAAUUAGUUGGGUGUCAUCUGCAAAUUUGGCCACCUCAUUGCUUACCCCAACUUCUGAACCAUUUAUCAAUAAAUUAAGAAGCACUGCUCCCAGUACAGAUCCCUGGGGAACCCCACCUCCUACCUAUCUCCAUUUAGAGAACUUUCCCUUUAUAAUCUCUGCUCUGCUUCCUGUCCUGCAAUCAGUUACCAAUCCACACAUGAAACUGUCCCCUUAUCCCAUGACUGCUAAGUUUUCUCAAAGAGUCUAUGAUGAGGAACUUUGUUGAAAGCUUUUUGAAAGUCCAGGUAUACUGUGUCCACUGGAUAGCCUUUAUCCACACACCUGUUGACACUCUCAAAGAACUCCAAAAGGUUGGCGAGGCAAGACGUACCACUGCAGAAGCCCAAUUGGCUGAUGGAAGAGGAAUCUGUCACAUAGUACUCCUAUGUUAUCAUUAUGCUCCUCUUCAUAAUGAAGGGGAAAGAAGAACCAAGGAAGUGCUGGAAAGAUUUAAAAUCAUGAUGCAACUUCAGGUUGAGCUCCUCCAAAAGCUGUUGUGAUCCAAACGUUUCCUGCAAAUGUUUUUAGUUUCUCUUUCAGUAUUUUCUGCUUAGUUAAAAUAGGAGAAAAUGUGAGGCCAGAGUCCUCAUAAUAAAUGAAUACAUCAACUUCUUUCCCUAAAACAGAGGAAUGAAAGAUGGAUGACAAAGAGUCCUUGUUAUAGAUAAUGUUACGAGCACAUGUGCCAUAACCUUAGGCUUUAAGGUAGCAACUCAGAAGCAUGUGGAAUUCAGGCCUGUGUCUGAUUUCAUUUUCUAUUAAGAAAUGAAUUAAGGCCUGGACUGAAGGUGAACUGACACCCAGGUCAACUGCUCUGUGAAGGAGGAGGCAAUCCAGCAUUGGUUUUUGUUUUUGUUUUUUUGCAAAUUCAAUUUUUAUUGAUUUUAACAAUAGCAAUAUUAUCAUUGACAGCAUUGUAUUGUGAAAUGGGUACUCAAGGCCAGGCCUGAGCUAAUCAAUAUGCUAAAAUGUGACUCACUACCAGAUAAUGUCUGAGGAAGAGGCCAGAGGCUGAUCUCCCCUCUCCUGUUGCAAGAAAUCUAUGUUAAUCUUUGUCAGUGAUGGCUCUGCUAUGCCCAAAGGGGAUUACUCUGUUGCUGUCUAUAGAAAUUCCACCCUAGGAGAACACCUGUAGAUUUAGUCCUUCUACUAACACUUUAACACCUUUUGGGGUCAGACUGGCAAAUCGGGGAAGAUGCAAUUUGUAGCUCUGAGAUGCAGAUGUGCUUUGGGCAAUGUUCCCCCUCCCUUCUAAGCACACAGUUUACAGAAGAUGAGAUUCAGAUCUCUCUGGCCUGGCCAAUAUCCUGAAUAAUUAAAAGACAUUGUCCAGAAGGUAACAGCGUUGUCACCCCUUUUUGGGGACCCAGGAAAAGAGGAGAUUUGAAUAGAUUCUAUGAGAGAUCAAAGGAAAAUACACUAUAAAGAAUGAGGCUACUGGACAGAGAGUUAGCAGUCUUUUGCCUAUGGGCAUCUUGUGUCUACAUUCAAGAUCUGCUCACAAGCGAUCCCAGAGUUUGCUGCUAAGCCGCGGGGCAACAAGCAGGAACUCUGUCCAUGGACAGGAGCUGUCUGUGACUUCUACUGCGCAGUGAGAAGUCAAGACUUCCCCAGCCAUGGUGCUCUGACUCUCAGCCGUGAUCUGAGCAACUGCAACAACUCCUGUCUCCAGCCAGAGGCCUCGCUCCUUCAGCUGAAAGAUCCUGCGUUCUCAAGUCUCUCUGAUCCUGGUAAUAUGCCUCUACAAGCCUUGGGGUCUUUCUAUCUUCCCCCCUCCUUCUCCUUCCCGCCCUUUUUUCCUCUACUAACUCCUGAUCCACCCCCAAACCAUGCCAGCCCUCAGCCUUCCUCCCCGCCCUUUUCCGUCUGUAUCUGAAUUAUAUUAGGCUCUAGGAAGAUUUAAUACACACACAUAUGGUAGUUAGGAACACUGGUUGAAUAUUGGUGCUGGCUAGGAUGUUCUGUUUUAAAUGCUGUAAGUAAUAUAUUGAUAGAGUGUUCUGCUUUCUGCUCAGCUUGAUUGCUGCUGUUAUUCUUUUAUACUCAAUAAUGCCCAUUGAAUCCUUUUA